AUGAAUAUUGGAGUUUGGGAAAUCAAAUCACCUCCAUGUAGGCAUGAUGUUGGCGGCUAUUCUGUCUUAUUGGGAAGUCUGAAAGAGAACAUAAAAUUAGAGAGAAGAGCUCAAAAGUACUUGAAAGAGCUAACAAACCUACAAGUGAAGCCAUUAGAAAUCAAAUUCUCCGGAAAAACUGAUAAGAUUGAGAGGGAAAAAUAUCUUUUAGAGGUAAUCCGCAGCACACCCUACAGACAAAGAACAACUCUAAUUGUUAAUAAUACCUGGAAUGCGACAAAUCUCAAACAAAACAACACGGAGGAACCAUUGUAUGACUUACCUAAGGAAAAAAUGAAAGUUGAGAAACAAGAUAUGCUAUUCUUUAAAUGGGUGAAAACCCUUUCAACCGAGUUAAAGUUUCCACUUCAACAAUCAUCUUCGAGACACAGUUCGACACAUAAUAAUACGGAAUUGAGCUGGCUUAACAUCCCUAUUCUCCGACAGAAUAAGUUAAAGAAGAAGACAUCGCGUAUUGACCUAAAGCAAAUGCCGUCUGCUUUAGAAACCCAAUUCAAUAAAGUGAAAGAAGAAAAGUUGAACAACUGCGUCAAAUUUUCAGAUACACCUUUAUCAGAUUGGGAACCUGGUAUUUUUGAGCAAACAUAUGACAAGUAUUUUUUAAAUUCAGUGCUAAUAAAAAAACACUUACAAAGAAACCGCAAACAUGAAUUUGAAGCUAGUACGCAAAAUUGGGUAGUUACAUUUCCAGAGUGCGAUCAAGAGUACGAUAUUCUUGAAAGGGGUUACAAUGAACUGUUUGAUACACAAUUUAAUAAGCUAGAAUUUUUCAAAAUAAGAACUAAAAAACCUGAAAGGAGCAAGCCGGUUAAGAAGAAGGUCCAGAACAUAUGGCGUUUAGACAAAGGUGAUUUGAAGGUCCUGGUUUGGGAUCCUUUAAAGACAUUCUGCAGUUACUCUUGGCAUACAAUAUUGGAAAACGACAUCAUAAAUGAAGAAGGAUACUCGAUCAAACCAAUAAAAAUGAGAUUUCAGAAGUUAAGUUCCAGUUCCCUCGACCUCAUUGAUAAUCAAAGGAAACAAUUUGGCACUAUAAAGCUUGCAGUGGGUGUACCAAAUGAAAACACCACUGAAAAUACUUCAUUUGAAGAAAGUGAAAGAAAUGAUGUAACAGUAAACUGCACUUUGGACUUAAAAAAAGACAAUGACCUCUCAUCUUCCAAAGCCGAUAUCAACACUUCGUUGGCCCCUCAAAAGCGAUCUUUUAUCGAUAAUGAACUGAUAUCCAUACUUGCCACGAAGAGAAAAUUCAAAAAGCACAAAGAACAUGGCAGUAGUGCUAGAAAUAUAUCGUCUACUUCGUAUUUAAUGAAUUCUGGAACAUACGCAAACACUCCAAUGGAAACUUCAAUCACUAAAUCUGUCUGCAACGACAAGAGAGAAUUGUCAUUCGAUAGUUCAUUGAUAAUCCAUUCGAUAUUCAAAGAUGAUAUCGAAAGUAAAUGCAUCGCUGUAAACACAAAUAAGAUGAUGGAAAACCACAAAGUGAUCCAGGCAUUAUGUCAAAAUUCUCAGUUAGAUCUCAUCGAUCAGCCUUACUUCGGCGAGUGCGACUUCAUUAUAGACCAUUCAACAUGCUUACUUAAAAUUCAAAUAAACCGAUUUUUGCAGCUUAAGGACAAUGGAUCGCUAUAUUACAGUAAGACAAUAAAUGACCUGUUAACCGAAUUCCACAGAGUUAUAAUAAUUGUGGAAUUUCCUGAAAUAUUGCAAAAAGUAGACCCGGAUCUCUUUUGGAAAGUUAGGUUCUAUCUAUUGCAUCCACGAAUUGAAGCCUUUUUCAUUUAUGAAGAUAUGGAAGUGUUAAUUGACUGGAUAAAAUACUUCAUUACAAAGUGGGCACUUUCUUAUGACGAUGAGGAAGAUGAAAAGAUUGCAAAUGAUGAUAUUCUUCUAGAGUUGGGGUUCAACAUUCUUUUAGUACGAAAAAUCUAUCGAACGUACAGUCUGCAGGAAUUUUUCAUGGCUGUAAUACAAGAACAAAGUCAAGCUGUUGAGUUGUUAACGGGUUCACAAAUGUCACGUCUGAGAAAGUUGCUAACCUUAGAAUGGUAG